AUGGCUGGCUAUUCUCCUGAGCAUGAUGUGUCUGGUGUUAGUGAUCCUUUCCUACAGGUAAAAAUCCUCCGUUUAUUAAGAAUACUUGGUCGAAUGGAUUUAGAAGCCAGUGAAACAAUGAAUGACAUACUUGCUCAGGUUGCAACAAAUACAGAUACUAGUAAGAAUGUGGGGCAUGCUAUCUUAUAUGAGAUAGUCUUGACUAUCAUGGGCAUUCAAUCUGAGGCUGGUUUAAGAGUGAAAGAAGAAGAAGUUGUAUCAAUUUUAGAGAAAAUCCUUUCAAACAACAACUCCACUGUUGUAACAAAAGAAUAUGCUAUAACUGCCCUUUUGAAACUCAGCACCAGAUUUUCAGAAGCAUCAGGAAAACGAAUAAAAGAUGCAAUAACCAAAUAUAGUCGAAGUACUGUUGUUGAAUUGCAGCAGCGUUCAAUAGAAUAUUCAUCUCUCUUCAAUAAAUAUGAUCACAUGAGGAGUGCUCUAUUGGAACAUAUGCCUUUGAUUGAAAGCAAACGUCAAAGUAUGUUUAACAAUGAGAAUAUUCAAGACAAUGAUUUGUUAAAUGGUGAAGUAGAAAGAACAAAUGUGCAGAAUGUGCAACAGACUGAGAGUCAAAAUAUAUUGGAUCUUAUUGGUGACCUUGGAACUGACCCAGUUAUUAACACCAAUCCUGACUCCCAACAACCCGCUGCUGCGACUGAUCUACUUGACCUCUUGGAUGUUGGAAGCAGCAGUAAUACAGACAAUGUCAACAUAGGAACACCAUCUGUGAACAACUUGAUAGAUGGGUUUCUGCAAUCAACUACACCAUUGAACAAUCAAAUGAAUGGAAAAUCAGGUUACCCACCAAUUAUAGCCUUCAACAAGAAUGGUUUACUGAUUGAGUUUGUAUGUGAAAAAGAUGAGACCCAAGUUGGAGUGACCACUAUCAAUCUGAAAGCAACUAACUCUACCCCUUUGGCAAUAUCAGACUUUGUUUUCCAAGCUGCAGUUCCCAAGUCAUUCCAAUUGCAGCUGCUCUCUCCAUCAGGAAAUGUUAUUCCAGCACAGAACAAAGGUGCUGUAAGCCAAAUUAUUAAAGUGAACAAUCCACAGAAGCAACCACUUCGUAUGCGUAUCAAGCUUUCUUAUUCCCAAAAUGGUAACACAGUCACAGAAAUGGGAGAAGUAAGCAACUUUCCAGAAAAUCUGUGGCAAUAA